CGAAAUUCGAGCGUCAAAACAAAACUUCUACGUGGCACGGCGUUUCUCCUUUUGUCGUUUGUGUUCAGUUUUAGGUCCAAAAGCUUUUGUUGAAUAAUUACAAGUUAGCAAGAAAGGGAACUUGUAAGUCCGCCACGUAUUACAGAUGUUUGGUGUUCAUUUAAAAUUAUUGGCAGUUUUGAUGGUGAUUCUUAUUCUACAAGAACCAAAUGUCUUUCAAAGUUGCGAGGCGAGCGACACAUCUCUGCGGGAUUUGCGUGGAAACAGGGGCACGUGGUGGAGGAGGCGGUGUUCGGACGGCGGCGACGACGACGGCUACGACGACGAUGACGACGACGACGACGAAAACGACUCGCCUGGAGGGAGGGGGAGGCGGAGGGGAGCAGGAGGAGGAGGAGGAGGAGGAGGAGGCGGCGGCGGCGGCGGCGGCGAAGACGACCCACUGACCGAGGAAAGGUGGAAGGCCCAGGGGGCGGGGCCGAGGAACCUUUCCGACACCAGCGAGCCCUACAGGAGCGGCUCCGCGACGCGCCCUCAGCGCCGCCAGGACUUCACUCCGCCACCAUUGCUAGCAAACGUCCUUCUCCUCUCCUCGUUCUCCUCCCUUCAGCGCCACCAUUCUUCGACGUCGCCCCUGUCCCCGCCGUCGUUGUCUUCGUCGUCGCCGUCCUCUGCGACAGGGGGUCUCGCCUCCACGCCCAGAAGUUGGGGACUUCUGGUAGAGGUUGAGCAGACAUCUUUUCCUCUCACUUGGAGGGCCUCGGGCAUCGUGUCUGCGACUCCGCCCCUUUGCCAGAGGAGCCCAGUCAUCUCUCCUCGUUCUCUUUCGUCCUCGAGCUCGUGUAUUGUCGGAGGGACGCCCUUGGUCGCCGACGACUCCUGA